AUGGCCUUGCCAACGGUGCUGCGCAGUGUCUUCCGUUCGGAAUUGACCUGUGACUUGCGCUCUUCUCCAGUUCGCCAGUGGACUCGGCCUUUAAAACAGGCUCAAUGCCCCCGACCUUUUACUUCGACCGCGCGGUUUGAUCAGUCGCAGAACGAACAGCCACAAUCGAGCAACCCAGUGUCGGACACCCCUUCUCCUCCUGAGUCAUCUACGUCCAACCCUGCGACACCAUCCGAUUCGUCGGCGCUAAAGAAGGCCAAAAGAGACAAAACUAGCGGACAGGAAAACAAAGACAGGAAAGGUGGCCGCGAUGGGAAGAGGUCUACAGAUCGCAAAGAAUCCCGGAAAGCAGCCGACAAGGACAAAAAGCACGACGCGGCGAAGAAACAGCCCAAGAAGCCCAGAAAGCCAGAGCCUUGGGAAAUCCAGAAAGAUGCCUUGGAAAAGAAGUUCCCGACCGGCUGGAACCCAGCCAAGAAGCUGUCCCCCGAUGCGCUGGAUGGAAUUCGACAUUUGCAUGCGACCGCCCCCGACCAAUUCACCACAGCCGUUCUGGCUGACGAGUUCAAGGUGUCUCCAGAAGCAAUUCGUCGCAUCCUGAAGAGCAAAUGGCGCCCGAAAGAGGAAGAGGUCGAAAAGAGACGCGCUCGAUGGGAGAAGCGACACGAACGAAUCUGGACCCAGUUGGUCGAGCUGGGUCUGCGCCCACCGACCCAGCGUUCGCGGGAGAUGGCCGACAGCAAUGCAUUGUAUGAAGACGAGAAGAAACCAUAA